AUGGCCAGCGUCAGAAAACAACACCAUAGAACCGACUGUGCCAGGGUGGGGAAGUGGUUCACGUUCUCCUUUUUCACAACCAUCGUCCUUGGAAUCCAACCCGCCUCACCCUUCCACGCCUCCAACACACUCCUCACCCUCUUCCCCUCCGCAUACACCCCCUUUGCAUCAGUCACAGCUCCAGUCCAGCCUCCCUCGCCUGUGACCUGCACCGAGUUCUCACCCCUCCAUCGUGCCAACUGCGAACAGUGCAACACUCCUCCCUCGCAUCUCCACCACCCUCACGCCCAGCGCAUCCAAACUCCCCUCCAUCCCCUCUUUCUCCGCCCCAAACACCUCCCCAGAGUGAAUCCAACCCGACAACAUCAUCCCCCGCAAGAGCGCCGACCUCGUCACCGUCUCGUGCAGCUCACGCACAUCCAGCACAUGCAGCCGGGGCGGCUGAGCUUCAGCCUCGCUGAUCGAGCCCCCAAGCCUCGGUGGCUGCUUUGUCUGUACCUGUGA